AUGUUGCCUUCAAUACAGAGAAGCACAUUUCAUCUGUUUUCUUCCAUUCUCAUGUUUCUACUGUUGCAGUCUAAUGGUUCUGGGCACAGAAAAGAGAAGCUGCCCUGCUUCCACCAGAUUAGCCCCAUUGUUUCUCAAGAUGGGAAUGUGGUAUUCGGAAUAUUUUUAUCCUUGUUCUCAGUUGAAGUGAACCAGGUUACAGGAGCAAAACUCUUUGAAAGUCCUCCUAACAAAGCUUGUCAACCUUAUCAGUGGUUGUACAAAAAUUAUCAGCAGGCCCUGGCUGUAGUGUUUGCUAUAGAGGAGAUUAAUAGGAAUCCCAAUCUGUUGUCCAACGUUUCCCUGGGAUUCCACCUCUACAACACCUACCACAGUGAUGAAAAAACAUUGCAGAGUACCCUACAAUGGCUUUCUGGGGACACACGGCUCAUGCCUAACUAUAGCUGCAGAAACCAGGACAAGUCUGUGGCUGUUAUUGGAGGAGUCACAUCAGCUCUCUCUGUCCAGAUGGGGACUCUGCUUGACCUCUACAAGUUUCCACAGAUCAGCUAUGGUCCAUUUGAUUCCGUUCUUAGUGACAAAGUCCAGUUUCCUUUUCUCUAUCAGAUGGCCCCCAAAGAUUCUUCUCUUCACCAAGGUGUUGUCCGCUUAAUUGUAUAUUUUAAGUGGAAUUGGAUAGGAUUGGUUAUUACAGAUGAUAUGAGAGGUGAGAAAUUUGUCUGGGAAAUGCGAGAGGAAAUGGCAAAGAAUGGAGUUUGUAUGUCCUUCACAGAAAAAAUCCCUGUCAGUGAGAGAAGACAUAUGGAAUCACAUGAAGACUUCAUGCCCAGGAUAGUAAUAUCAGCAACCAAGGUGAUUGUCAUUCAUGGUGACACAGAUUCAUUAAUGAUUCUGAGACACUCACAAAUACCUCUUUUCAUAGCAAAUAAGGUAUGGAUUGCCACAUCUCACUGGGACAUUACCAUGAGACCCAUCAUUCAUUAUGGUUCUUAUUUCCAUGGCGCUCUCACAUUUUCAUAUUUAAUCAGUGAAGUUCCUGGGUUCAAGACUUUUCUUAAGACAGUUAUACCUUCUAAAUACGCAGAUGAUAUCUUACUUAAGGGAUUCUGGCUCUCAGCUUUUUCAUGCUCAGAUCAACAAGAAAACCCAAAGCAAGAGAUAUGUUCACAAAAUGCCUCUUUGGAGAUGUUGCCUCUGAACUAUUUUGAUAUGACCAUGUCUGGUUUAAGUUACACCAUCUACAAUACCAUCUACGCUGUGGCAUGGGCUCUCCAUGAAAUGUUUCUGAGAAAGUCAGCUGAAAGACCAAUGGGAGGUAAAGAAUAUUUAGGACUUCAUUCAUGGCAGGUUCCCAGUGGAGUAUGCAGUGACAGUUGCUGUCCUGGAUUCAGGAAGAACCCUUUGGAGGGGGAGGCUGCCUGCUGCUUUGAUUGUUUCCCUUGCCCAGAAGGGGAGAUUUCCAGUCAAAUGGAUGCAGAGCAUUGUAAGAAGUGCCCAGAGGAAAAAUAUCCAAAUAAACAGAGAGAUCUCUGCCUCCCCAAGAAGGUGACCUUCCUGAAUAUGAAAGAACCUUUGGGAAUGACUUUGGCCAUUGUGGCUAUUUCCUUCUCUUUCCUGACUGCUCUGGUUCUAUGGGUCUUUGUCAAGUUCCAAAACACUCCCAUUGUCAAAGCCAAUAACAGAACUCUUAGUUAUACUCUCCUCAUCUCACUGAUCUUCUGUUUCCUCUGCUCCUUGCUCUUCAUAGGCCAUCCUACCACUACCACCUGUCUCCUACAACAAACUGUAUUUGGAGUUGUAUUCACAGUGGCUGUUUCCUCCAUUUUAGCUAAAACCAUAAUAGUCAUUCUGGCUUUCAGGGGUAUAAGGCCAGGGAGCAGGAUCCAGAUGUUCCUACAUCCUAGAGUGUCCAAUUAUGUUGUUCUCAUCUGCUCAGGGAUUCAAAUGAUUUUCUGUGGUAUCUGGUUGGGAACCUCUCCCCCCUUUCCAGAGGCAGACACACACUCUGAAUAUGGCCACAUAAUCAUUCGAUGUAAUGAAGGCUCUGCCUUUGCAUUUUAUUGUGUCCUGGGCUACAUGGGCUUCCUGGCCCUGGGGAGCUUUAUAGUAGCUUUUCUGGCCAGGAACCUGCCAGAUACCUUCAAUGAAGCCAAGUUCAUCACUUUCAGCAUGUUAGUGUUUUGCAGUGUCUGGGCCUCUUUUCUCCCCACAUAUCAAAGUGCCAAAGGGAAGGCCAUGGUGACUGUGGAGAUCUUUACUAUCUUGGCCUCCAGUGCUGGGUUACUGGGGUGCAUUUUUAUUCCCAAAUGUUAUGUGAUCCUCCUGAAGCCAGACAGAAAUACUCAGAACAGAUCAAAAAUAAAAAGGAUUCUGGAGGUAAAAUUUUCUUCUAGACAUUGA